ACCUCCCCGCCGCACAGUUCUAGCGGCUCAGUUUUCUGGCUCAAGUCGGGUAUUCAUUUCCCGCCCUCACAGACCCAAUCCCGAAAUCGAAACUGCACCGAUCUCUAUGGAGAAGGCGCCCGUAUCCUCUGGAUCUCCCUGCCUCCAACAGGAUCCUGCUCUGGCCCCCACGCCCACCAUGCCUCCACCAGAGGACCCCUCCGAAGAUCAUGAACACAGCCAAAGUCCCGCGGAGCAAGCCAUGAAGGAGGAAUUCCAGUUUCUGCGCUGUGCGGGUUGCCAGGCCCAAGCCAAGUGCCCCAAGCUGCUGCCUUGCCUGCACACGCUGUGCUCUGGAUGCCUGAAGGAGCCGGGCCUCCAGUGCCUCGUCUGCCAGGCGCCUGGGCCAGCCAGUGCUAAUGGGGAGGCCCUGGAUAACGUGUUCUUCGAGAGCCUGCAGCGGCGCCUGGCGGUGUUCCGGCAGAUUGUAGAUGCGCAGGCUGCGUGCACCCGCUGCAAAGAGUUGGCUGACUUCUGGUGUUUCGAGUGUGAGCAGCUCAUGUGCGGCAAGUGCUUCGAUGCACACCAGUGGUACCUCAAGCAUGAGGCUCGGCCCCUGGGGGAGCUCCGCGGUAGCUCAGUGGGCGAAUUCCUCGACAGUACGCGCAAGUCCAACAUCUUCUGCUCCAAUUCCAACCACCGCACCCCAGCGCAGACUAACAUCUACUGCCGAGGCUGCUCCAAGCCUCUGUGCUGUGCAUGCGCGCUCCUGGACCGUAGCCACAGCCAUCUCCAGUGCGAAAUUGGCGAGGAGAUCCAGAAGCGGCAUGAGGAGCUGGGCACCAUGACGCAGGCUCUGCAGGAGCAGGACAGGACCUUCGACAAUGCUCACGCUCAGAUGCGCUCGGCCAUAGGCCAGCUGGACCACGCACGCGCAGACACUGAGGAGCAGAUCCGUGCACGCGUGCGCCAGGUGGUAGAACAUGUGCAGGCGCAGGAGCGCAAGCUGCUGGAGGCUGUAAAUGCACGCUACCAGCGCGACUACCAGGAAAUAGCUGGUCAGCUGGGCCACCUGGAAGCUGUGCUGCAGCGCAUUCGCACUGGUGGGGCGCUGGUCAAGAGAAUGAAACUCUAUGCCUCUGAUCAGGAAGUGCUGGACAUGCAUGGCUUCCUGCGCAAGGCACUCGGCCACCUGCGCCAGGAGGAGCCCCAGAACCAGAAAGUCCAGCUGCGCAUGAGUGGCUUCGAGGAGUUCAAGAUGUGCCUGCAGGACCUCAUCUCUUGCAUCAACAAGAAGACAGAUGAAGCUGAAGCCAGGAGAGCCAUCCCAGAGGCAGCCAGCACUCCCACGGACUCUUUUGACCUUGAGCAGCCUAACGAAGUACAGAGGGCACAGGAUCAGGCCCUGGAGCUGUCUCAGACCCAACCUGUGGCUGUGGUACAGUCAGUGCCUGGAGCACACCCCGUGCCACUGUAUGCCUUCUCUAUGAGGGGCUCCACCUAUAGAGAGGAGGCCUCUCAGACAGUUUCUCCCACGAAGAGGAAGUGCAACCACAAAGAUUGCUCCAGGAAGCUCAUCAAGAUGGAGUCCCUAGAGGAGAGUGAGGACAGGUUGGCCACAAGCUCCCCUGAGCAGCCCAAGCCCAGCACCUCCAAGGCUGUGCCGCCUCCCCAUCUGGAUGGGACUUCCAGCCCUGAGAUCCCCAUCCUGGAAAGAGAGACCCUCCUGCCCACCAACAACCAUGUCACCAGCAACACACGAGAAACAGAGGAACGAAUCGUGGUGAUCAGCAGCUCGGAAGGCUCAGAUGCCGAAAAUCUGGUGAGUAACUCGGAGUUCAGCCUAGGACUCCUGUCUCCCCUCACUCAAGGUCCUAAAGGCCACAGCCACAGUGGGUGACUCUCAGG